GGAGGUAAUCAUAUGGUAAAGUCGAUCAUGUGAGCGGUAGUCGUUGUACUCAUAUUAUUUUUGACUCAUAGCGUCGAUAUCAUGAAUCAGUGAAGAGGCUAGACAUACGUCCAUAUCAAUAACAACGCCAUAUAUUUUACUUACAUUCUGCUGCAGUGAGACCACAUUUCCACAAUGUCUGGAGGAAGGUAUGGGGCAGUUUCUGGUUACCGGGAUGACCCUGGUUUCAGUGACUACAAAGAUGACCCAGGAAAUAGGGGAUUUUCAGCUGAUGAAGUCUUUGAUCAAAUCAGAACUAAUGUCUUCAAAAUCAACAAUGGAGCAAAUGUUGUUGACCGAGCCAUGAAAAGCAUAGGGUCAGAAAGAGACAGUGUCCAGCUUAGAGAUAAAAUCCAUGAGACAUCACAGAGUACACAUCAGCUGGUUCAGACGACCAUGAGACUGAUAAAAUCAGCUGGAAGCAAGAGAAUAAACAAGCAACAGAAACUCCAACUUGACCGUCUCAGGAAUGACUUCCAGGAAGCAGUGCAAAGAUACCAGUCUUUACAGAGGAAAGCAGCUGAGAAGGUGAAAACAACUGUGAUUAUGAGUCCUAAAGGGUCAUCGUCGAAGCCAUUGGUGGAUUUGGCCCCCUAUCAGGAUGACGGGACGGCGGACACAAGUCAGCUAAUACAGGAUGACCGACGGGCACAGCUACAGGAACAACAAGUGAUCAUCGAGGAUGACCUUGCCCUCAUCAGGGAGCGAGAAGAGAGGAUUCGACAGCUUGAGUCUGACAUCCUUGAUGUUAAUGAGAUUUUCCGAGACCUGGGUGCCAUGAUACAAGAGCAGGGAGAAACACUAGACACAAUAGAGGCGAAUGUAGAGAAGGCGUAUGGUAAUGUGGAGACUGGCAAUGAGCAGUUGGUGAAGGCAUCACAGUAUCAGAAAUCCUCCCGAAAGAAGAUGUGCUGUCUGCUGGUGGUAUUCUUAGUGAUCGCAAUCAUUAUCACGAUCAUACUUGUGGUGACUCUAAAGAAGUGAUAGCAGCUGCCACCGUAUCCAUUGGACAAAACUCACUGAAACUGGGUUACAUUCCUCGACCAUAAGUUCACCUGGAUGAUAGUGAAUUAUUCUUGCUAAUGCCAAGUUGUGUUUGGGUCAUAUCUGUGACAAAUAUACUUCCCAGAUGGUGCUCAUAUAACUGACUAUUUGAGAUACCAGAUGGGGUAAGUUGUGGUUGAUUCAGAUGGACAAAUUGUUAGCUCUAAAAUGAUUCACCAUAUGAUAUUCACUGGGUUGUCUUUCAUUACAGAAUAUAUGUAUAGUAGGACUGGUUGCACUAAACAAAAUGAAAUUUUCAGUAUUUUGACUGUGGUUUCAAAGCCAGUAUAAGGUCAGCAGAUUUGUAUUUUUUUAAAUUCAUAAGACAGUGAGUGAGUAUGGCUUAGCGCCGCUUUUAGCAAUAUUCCAACAUUAUCAUGGCAGGGGAUACCAGAAAUGGGCUUUACACGUUGUACCCAUGUGGGGAAUCGAACUCGGGCCUUCGGCAUGACGAGCGAAUGCUUAAACCACUAGGCUACCCCACCGCCCCUCAUCAGACAGGGUUUAAAGUGACAUGGAAAUGUGUGUCCAUCAUACAUAAGUGUAUAGAAUGGAUGCAGUAGCACACAGUAGUGAAUACUACCAAAUUCUUGAAAAGAAAUAUAAAGGUAUGUAACUGAAGUAAAUAUCGGGGGCGGUGGGGUGCCCUGAUGGUUAAAGCAUUCGCUCAUCACGCCAAAGACACAGGUUCAAUUAACCACCUUGGCAAAAUGUGCAAAGCUCAUUUCUGGUGUCCCCUGCUGUGAUAUUGCUGAAAUAUUGGUAAAAGUGGCGUAAAAGCAUGCUCACUCACUUAUGCACUGAAGUAAGUACUUUGCACCAUGUCAUGACUUCACAGGACCCUAGUAUUUCCAGUAAGAUCCCUUGAGAUUAGUUAAUUGGAAGUCCUUUGGUUCCUAGUUCUCAAGGUUAAGGGGGUGGUCGGUUAGCCUUGUGGUUGAAGUGUUUGCUCAUCACGCCACAGAACCGGAUUCGAUUGCCCAUGUGUGUGUACAAUGUUUGAAGCCCAUUUCUGGUGUCCCCUGCCAUGAUAUUGCUGGAAUAUUACUAAAAGCGGCAUGAACCUGAACUCACUCACUCAAGGUUAAGGUGAAACCCUGCUAGGUGUCUAGUUAAUUCUUUGAUGGUUGAAUACAGUACCUCAAUUGUCGCACAAGUGUACCAUUCACAUGAUUCAAGAGCUAAUCAAUGAAUGACUGCACAAAAAGGAUUUUUCAAGAGGAAGGAAAACAAUUCAAGAUGGCUGGCAAUAAUGAAAAGAAUAUUGGAUACAACAAAUAAUAUGAAUUGUAUAAAAAUAACAAUACAAGAUGUACAGGGCACAUCUGUGAUGUGUCCUAUUGUUUUAUAGUGUAUAUAUUCAAUAUCUGUGUUGUUGCUAUUUAUUCUAUGCCAUACAUGAGACUGCUGUGACCAAUCAGUGUUUGAGGAGAGAGGAGGUUUCACUACAAAGGUGUCACUCAUUGGCAGUACUUUAUGGGUUCAUAUACUCUACCUUGCUAAUGAAUAUAGGGUCGAUGGGGUAGCCUAGUGGUCAAAGCAUUCAGUUGUCACACCGAAGACCCAGGUUCAGUUCCCCACAUGGGUACAAUGUGUGAAGCCUGUUUCUGGUGUUCCCCUGCCAUUAUAUUGCUGGAAUAUUGCAAAAAGCAUAUAAGAAGUCCAUUUCUUUCUUGAUACUACUUGAAUAUUGCUUUUUAAAAGCAGUGUAAAACCAUACUCUUUCAAUAACAGGCCACAGAAGGUUCACACAAAACUUAAUACCCAGACUGGGCAUAUUUAUUUCAGUGAAGUUAUGUGCUCAGUUAAAAUAGUCAGAUGUCACUAUUGCACCCAAAAUGGCCAUACUGAUUGAAAACGAUGGAGAAAUGUAUUGUAUACAAACCCAUGGAGUAUUGACAAAGGAGUUGCAGUAUGAUGUCUGUAAACUGAAAUUAAAUAUAUUGUGUCUACACAUAGUUUUCAGGUUUUUUAAUUUGUAUAUAAAACAGAUGGCAAUAGAGCUGUACGUGUAUGAAACCUAUCGACAACUGUGAGGUGUAUCCUGUAUAUUUGUAUUAAACAUUCAUUCAUCGGG